AUGCACCUCAAGUCUCUGAACACGGCUCCAGUACCCAGCAUUCAGGACCACAGGACCACAGGUACGAGGGUUGAGGGACACAGGUACGAGAGUUCAGGACCACAGGUACGAGGGUUCAGGGACACAGGUACGAGAGUUCAGGGACACAGGUACGAGGGUUCAGGGACACAGGUACGAGAGUUCAGGACCACAGGUACGAGAGUUCAGGACCACAGGUACGAGAGUUCAGGGACACAGGUACAAGAGUUCAGGACCACAGGUACGAGGGUUCAGGGACACAGGUACGAGAGUUCAGGACCACAGGUACGAGGGUUCAGGGACACAGGUACGAGAGUUCAGGACCACAGGUACGAGGGUUCAGGGACACAGGUACGAGAGUUCAGGGACACAGGUACAAGAGUUCAGGACCACAGGUACGAGGGUUCAGGGACACAGGUACGAGAGUUCAGGACCACAGGUACGAGGGUUCAGGGACACAGGUACGAGAGUUCAGGACCACAGGUACGAGGGUUCAGGACCACAGGUACGAGAGUUCAGGACCACAGGUACGAGAGUUCAGGACCACAGGUACGAGAGUUCAGGACCACAGGUACGAGAGUUCAGGACCACAGGUACGAGAGUUCAGGACCACAGGUACGAGAGUUCAGGGACACAGGUACGAGGGUUCAGGGACACAGGUACGAGGGUUCAGGGACACAGGUACGAGAGUUCAGGGACACAGGUACGAGAGUUCAGGGACACAGGUACGAGAGUUCAGGGACACAGGUACGAGAGUUCAGGACCACAGGUACGAGAGUUCAGGGACACAGGUACGAGGGUUCAGGGACACAGGUACGAGGGUUCAGGGACACAGGUACGAGAGUUCAGGGACACAGGUACGAGAGUUCAGGGACACAGGUACGAGAGUUCAGGGACACAGGUACGAGAGUUCAGGGACACAGGUACCCGUCUGAUGCUAAGGCCUUCACCCUCAGUGGGAUCAAAGGGACCUGGGACCAUGAGCGAGCGGGAAAACGAAUGAAGCUCCAGGAACCAGAGACGUGGGAGAGACUGCUGAGUCGAGAAGGGAACAAGGCCGCCACCUGGGAGAAACUCUUAGACAACAACUCUCUUCCUUUUAUGGCGAUGCUGAGAAACUUGAGGAACAUGAUCAAGGCCGGCAUCAGCCCCACUCACCACGAGAAGGUCCUCCGCAGACUCACCAACAAGAAAGCCGUGAUCCAAAGUCGUCAGUUUCCAAUUCGGUUCCUAUCUGCGUAUAAAGUCAUCAUGGAGCUUCACACUUUAGCUGUGGCGGCUGCAGACUCGGUCCCUUCCAGAGCAAACAUCUUGAAGGAGGUUCUGAAGAAGUUUCCCAAAAGUGAGAAGUUCAAGAGUCUGGAGUGGGAGCAGACGACCAGGAAGCGUCUGCGCUGCACUCUGGCCGUUCCCCUGGUAUACCAUCUGUACAAGAGCAGGAGGAACCAGCUCCUCUCCGCGGCCAGUCAGACCUCCUUCUCGGUGGAGGUGCUGCAGAGGUACCGCUGUGCUCUGGAGGAGGCGGUGCAGAUCUCCUGUCGCUACAACAUCCCUCCUCUGCCCGGAAAGACCGUGGUCCUCCUCAGCGCCAUGAUGGACAGAGAGCACCUCCCCCAAGACUUCUGCCUCCCCCCGGACCCCGCCCAGCCCCAGGAGGAGGAGCAGGAGCAGCGGCGGGGCAGACGCAGGAAGAACCAGAAACCAGAGGAUCCACUGGCUCCAACUCUGGUAGAGGUGGGAGCCCUGCUGUCAGUGAUGGUAGGCAGCAGUGCAGAGGACUUCAGUCUGGUCCUCACAGACUACCACACGUGGGAGGAGGUGCCCCUGGACUCAGACCUCCUGCUGCAGAACGUCCGCACGGUCACCAGGAGGAUCAAGAAAAUUUCAAACAUGACUUUUGAGGAAGAUGUGCUUCGGGAAAAGAUGGCGCCAUUUCGUCUGUCGGAGCAGAACAAGGUGGAUACCAUCGUCGUAGUCACCGACAGGCCCAACAGUGAGGUCGAUUGGAGGAUUCAGAGAUACAGAGAGGAGGCUGACACCCGAGCUCUGCACGUGGACAUCCAAAUCAAGGCCAAUGAGUAUCGUUCCCACAGAGAGAGCAGAUUCCCAGAUCCAAACUUGAUCUACUGCUGCACAGGCUUCCUGUCUCUGACUGGUCAGCUGCAUCAGGUGAAUGCAGACCUGCUCGGCUGGUGGCUCUGUGAGAGACAGCUGCCCUCAGGAGGCCUGAACGGACGCCCUGAGAAGUUGCCUGACGUGUGUUACUCGUGGUGGGUUUUGGCGUCUCUGAAAAUCAUCGGUAAAAUCCACUGGAUCGACAAAGACAAACUGAGAGGCUUCAUCUUGGCCUGUCAGGACGAGGAGACCGGGGGGUUUGCUGAUCGACCAGGAGACAUGGUGAGGAGGAGGAGGAGGAGGGGGAGGAGACCAGGAGACAUGGUGAGGAGGAGGAGGAGGGGGAGGAGACCAGGAGACAUGGUGAGGAGGAGGAGGAGGGGAGGAGACCAGGAGACAUGGUGA